AUGGCGCUGGUAAAUUACUCUGACAGCGAAAGCGAUACAGAAGCGCCCCCGACGGUAGCAGCACCCAAGAUCAAAGCCGCGGGAUCAUCAAAACCAUCAUUUCAAACGACACAGGCAGGCAAAAUCAGGGUCGAUCUGCCUUCAGUAAAGCCUGAAGCCGGAGAAAACCACGAUGGUCCUCCAACAAAACGAGCGCGAACAGGCGGCGCUUUCAGUGGUUUCAACAGUCUGUUGCCUCCACCGAAGAAAGCCAGCACAAGUGUGCCGAAGAAAGUCAUCAGUUUCAAGACGAGCUCGGAAGCCGCAUUUAGUCGUGCUCCACAAGCCACGCGAGAUGAGGGUGAAGAUUUCGAUUUCGGAGCUGAUGCAAACGACGAGGUCUCGAAUGAAGUGCCGGUAGAGGUGAAGCUAGUGGGCAAGAAUACCAUGUUUGUGCCGCCGAGCGUCAAAAACCGACAAAAGAAUAGUAUCGUCCAACCAAAACCAAAAUCAAAGCCAAACGUCGGAGGAACAUCAUCGACUGAGGCAACUAAAACGCACGAGGUGGUCGCGGCCGAAUCAGUUGUGCAGCCUGUGGCUCGCCCAAAAGCAAAGCAAUCCCUGUUCUCUUUCCAACCUGAACAGGAAGAAGUUGCAGAGAUAGCACAACAUUCUAGCACGUAUGAGCCAUUGUUAGGCUCCUCGAUAGACGAGGUAGAUGCGCCAACACUUUCGAAUACAGUAAAAUCCAGUGCAUCCACGUCGGUUCCGUCCAAUCCCGUGUCGUCCAAUUCGUUGUCCGCAGUCGUCGCAGACAUGGAUCUUACACCUGCCCAACGGCGACAGCUAUUUGGAAGGAACUACAAAGACAAUGCCAAUACCAACGUGACCAACUUCAAUAUCGAUUCGGAAUAUGCAAACAAUGAAGUUAUGCGUCAAGCUGGAGAAGUCGUCCAGCAUCGCGCAAUCAAGACGAUCGCACCCGGAAAACACAGCUUACAGCAGCUUGUCAACAAUGCACGCACUCAAAAGGAUGCCAUCGAGGAUGCAUGGGCCGAAGGUCGAAAGAAUCGUGCAGAGGGAGGGAGCAAGUACGGAUGGGGAAGUGGAUGA